AUAAAGCGAAGUUGCUCGCCACCAUCAGUUGCUAGUUGGUUGUUUUCUAGUGCGUACCGCAUUCCCUCAGUUUCACACAUCAUGGUUUCCGCCCGCAAAUGGAUCUAUGCGAAGCGAGCGGAAGGAGAAAUUCAGGAGACCAAUUUCCAAACCGUAACCGAAGAGUUGCCGGCACUGCAGGACGGAGAUUUCUUGGUCGAAACCGAAUACUUCAGCCUCGAUGCGGGCCUGCGAGGGUACAUGCAACUCGGCAUUCUGCCGGUCGGUAGCCCCAUCAUUGGAACGGCGGUUGCGAAAGUGCUCCAGUCGAACCGGGCCGAGUUCCCGGCGGGUGUGUACGUGUGUGCCCGCAUCGGUUGGUGCACGCAUGCCAUACUUAACCCCGACAAGCAAAAGGACAACCGGCCCUACCUCGUGCCCAGUCUGGAGGGACAUUCGCGAGCGCUUGGCCUCGGCGCGCUGGGCCUUUCGGGUAAUACGGCGUACUUCGGGUUCCUGGAGAUUUGCAAACCUCGGGAGGGGGAAACGGUGGUCGUGAGUGGAGCCGCCGGUGCCGUGGGCAGCCUGGUGGGGCAGAUUGCGAAGAUUAAGGGUUGCCAUGUGGUGGGACUCGCGGGAACGGAAGAAAAGGUGCGUUGGCUGAAGGAGAUCGGCUUCGACGCGGCAAUCAACUACAGAGAUGCGUCGGUGCGUGAGCAGCUGGCGGCGGCGACGCCGCGCGGUAUCGACUGCUACUUUGAUAACGUGGGCGGCGAGCUGACCGAGAUGGUUCGGGAACGCAUGAAUCUGUUCGGGCGCAUUUCCGUGUGCGGCACGGUAUCAAGCUACAAUCGCGAGCAGCCGAGCCUGAUAAGCGACCCACAGCGCGACUUCGUGUCGAAGCAGCUGCGUCAGGAGGGUUUCGUUGUAUUCCGCUGGCUGAACCGCUGGAUGGAGGGCAUCACGCAGAUGGCGGAGUGGAUCAAGCAAGGUAAGCUCGUGGCACGCGAAACCGUCUACGAAGGGUUUGACACGGCACCUAAGUCGUUCAUCAGUAUGCUAAAGGGCGACAAUGUCGGUAAGGCUGUGAUCAAAGUACAAUAAAAAGAAAA